GGGGCGUGGGGUCGGUGGCUGCCGGGCGCGAGGGGCGCAGGCCGCCGGCCCGGAUACGGGGAGCGAGCGAGCGGAGGCGCUGAGGAUCCGAUUCACUCGCUGGGGAGACCUAUGGGCCGAAGCCGUGUAAAUGCGUUUUAAGCAGGGGCCCCGGCUCCGCAACUGCCACUCCUCCGCAGAGUGUCGCACAAGUUUCGAGGUCACCAGCGACCCCCCCUAGCAGCGCGCCUGGCUCUGGCCACCGCGAAGGAGGACGGGGCUUCUGUGUUGCAUACUUUCUAAGGCGGUGGCUGGGACAGCGACAGCGGCAGUGGCUCCAUCCAGCCCAUCGACUGGACUCCGGCUCGGCUCGGCAUGGCUGGCUACCUGAGUGAAUCGGACUUUGUGAUGGUGGAGGAGGGCUUCAGCACCCGAGACCUGCUGGAGGAGCUCACUCUGGAGGCCUCACAGGCCACCACGGGUGAGGUGGCUGCCUUCUUCGUGGCCAACCUGGGUGCCAUAGUGAGGAAGCACUUCUGCUUUCUGAAGUGCCUGCCACGAGUCCGGCCCUUUUAUGCUGUCAAGUGCAACAGCAGCCUGGGUGUGCUGAAGGUCCUGGCUGAACUGGGGCUGGGCUUCAGCUGUGUUAACAAGGCAGAGAUGGAGUUAGUCCAGCGUGUUGGUGUCCCUGCCAGUAAGAUCAUCUAUGCCAACCCCUGUAAACAAAUUGCACAGAUCAAGUAUGCUGCCAAGCAUGGGGUGCAGCUGCUGAGCUUUGACAACGAGGUGGAGCUGGCAAAGGUGGUCAAGAACCACGCCAGUGCCAAGAUGGUUCUGUGCAUUGCCACCGAUGACACCCACUCCCUGAGCUUCCUGAGCCUGAAAUUUGGAGCACUGCUGAAAUCCUGCAGACAUCUGCUUGAAAAUGCCAAGAAGAGCCAUAUGGAGGUGGUGGGUGUGAGUUUUCAUGUUGGCAGUGGCUGUCCUGACCCUCAGGUCUAUGCUCAGUCCAUCGCAGAAGCCCGGCUUGUGUUUGAAAUGGGUGCCGAGCUGGGCCACACGAUGCAUAUUCUUGACCUUGGUGGUGGCUUCCCUGGAGUAGAGAGAACCAAAGUGAGAUUUGAAGAGAUUGCUUCUGUGAUCAACUCAGCCUUGGACCUGUACUUCCCAGAGGGCUGUGGUGUGGACAUCCUUGCUGAGCUGGGGCGCUACUAUGUGACCUCUGCCUUCACCGUGGCUGUAAGCAUUGUCGCCAAGAAGGAGGUUCUUCUGGACCAGCCCAACAGAGAGGAGGAAAAUGGUUCUGCCCUCAAGACCAUCGUGUACCACCUUGAUGAUGGCGUGUAUGGCAUCUUCAACUCUGUCCUGUUUGACAACAUCUGCCCCACACCCCUCCUGCAGAAGAAACCACCCACGGAGCAGCCCCUGUACAGCAGCAGCCUGUGGGGCCCCGCUGCUGAUGGCCGUGACUGUGUGGCUGAGGGUCUGUGGCUGCCGCAACUACACAUAGGGGACUGGCUGGUCUUUGAGAACAUGGGAGCUUACACCGUGGGCACAGGCUCCCUCCUCGGGGGGACCCAGACCUGCCACAUCACCUACGCCAUGUCCCGGGUAGCCUGGGAAGCUCUGCGGGGGCAGCUGCUGCCUGUGGAACAAGAUGAGGAUGCUGAGGGUGUGUGCAAGCCUCUGUCCUGCGGCUGGGAGAUCACAGACACUUUAUGCGUGGGCCCUGUCUUCACCCCAGCAAGCAUCAUGUGAGCAGGCUCCAUUCCCCCUGGACAACCCCAGUGGGGCUGUGGAGAUGCCUCUGGGAGAGGUGGGGAAGGUGGCAAGCCAGGCACUCUCUGUCCAGGACUCUGGUGCUCACUCUGCUGCCCCCACGUUCCACCUGUAGUGUUUGUUCCUGCCCUGUACAUAGGACUGGUCUUAUACCCGCUGUAGUUCAAGUAUGCAACAUAAAUCCUGUCCCUUCCAGCCGUGUCUGCCUUCUCUGCGGCGCAAGGAACCUGGUCAGGCAGGUUUUGCGGUAUCCUCAGAGUCUCUUAUCUUUCUUUUUUGUAAAUAUGAAAAUAGAUAUUUAGGGUUUCUAAUAUUCUAGUGGAAUCCAGCAGUUCAACUGACAAAGUGGCCAGAGUUAGACAAGGAGACUUCCCCACUUCACAAUGAGCCCAUGCACCUGAGCCCGCUGCAGUGUGGGCACCACCUACUCACACAUUGUUUGGCUCGCCUCUGUGCUCCUCACAGGCUUCUGAGACUGGAAGACUGGAGUCACGAGAAAGGGUGAGCUGUCAGGGGGUGAGGUGUGGGAUCAGAGCGGCCUCUUUUCAGGAGCUCACGACUGGCCAGUGGCCUCUGCGUGAACCCAACACCCAGCCUAAGGCCUGGCCCAGUGUAGGGACAGCUAAGCAAUUGAUAGAGCUUUGGAAACUCAUACUGGAGAGAGAGAGCAAAGGGAUGGAUGUCUUACAGUGCUAGGGAUUGAGCCAGGGGCUUCUAAAGAGAAGGCAAGUGCUCUAGCACUGAGCUACAUCCCCCACUCCAUUUUUCCCCAUGGGAGGUUCUGAGCAGACUCUAUAUCCUUUCCUUGCAGGCAGGCAAGCAGUAAGAGUACUGCUAACACGUUGUGGUGGGUUUUGCUUCUUUAGGCAGUCACUGUUAGAACAAGGCUGGCCACAGAACACUGCUGUCCAAUGCCAAUAGCCUCGGUAUCCCCUCAGACUGGCAGCUUUUGCUAGGACGAGGGCUCCCUCACACUGCCAGAGCCCCAAGCUCUGCACCCAUGCUGCAUAAGCAGUCUAGCAAAGGAGUUCAGAAUUUUAGAUUUCCCCAGAUGCUGGAGGGGACCAAAUUUUUUUUUCUUAAAUUACAAAAAUGGAGAUACAAUUCACAUGCCAUAAAAUUCAGCCUUUUAAAGUGUGGAAGUGAGUGGUUUUCAGAGUAUUAGCAGGGUUGUACAGCUAUCACCACUGUCAGUAUGUUCUAGAACAUACUAAUUACUCCCAACAGAAGCCCCCCGACCAUUGGCAGUCACUCUCCAAGUGCCCUUCCCCCCAGCCCCCGGCAACUCUAAUCUACUUUCCAUCUCUGGGUUUGCCUGUUCUGGAUGUUUACUGCCAUGGUUUUUGUAUCUUCACUUUUUCUUUUUUUGACACAGGGUCUCAUUAUGUAGUUCAGGCUG